AGUCCUUUAUUAAGUCCUUUACCAAGCCCCCCUUCCGCCAAAUUGCGUAAUAGAAAAAAUUUACAAGUGGUUGUUCCACCUGUACGUUCUUCUAUUUCCGCUCCUAGUUCUCCUCAAUUACCACAAAGUGCUGUCUCUCAUGCUCAUAAUAGGCGUCCUUCAACUCCUUUAUGCGUUUAUCAAAAUCGAGAUCCUGAAGGUUUAAAUCCUACUGUAGAUCCCAGAGUAUUGAUGUCAAAGACUGAAAAUGCAAUCGGUGAGGAUUUACCCUACAAGGAUGAACCAAUACAAAUAAUGCAACAUUUGUAUCUUGGUUCUGAAAUUAAUGCUGCGAAUAGGGAAAUGCUUGAUAGACUCGGUAUUGAGUUCAUUUUGAACGUUGCUAAAGAAGUUGAAAAUCCUUACUUUGAAGAUUAUCCGUAUUCUCCUAAUUCUGAAUGUUCAAAUGAUAGUUUUCAUUCAGCUAUACAAACUCCUUUAUUAGAUUCACCAAUGGUUAUUUCUUCUCCAAUUGGCGGUUAUCGAUCAAAUUCUCUUAAACGCUCUUCAAUGCCUUCUCGUUCAAAUUCAAAUUCAAAUUCAAUACCUACUCAAUCGAUGUUCAAUAAUAAUUCUUCAUCAAGUAUAUCUUUUACAGUUUCUGCAACAAAUGAAUUUGGCCCUAUAAA